GAAGGGGAAAUGGAGGAUGCUCUGGUCUGGAGCUGGGGAAUGAAAGGAAAUCCUGACUGCUCUCCCUGCUGCUGAGAUCUGCUUUUGUCCUUUAGCAGGGAGCCUACUGCUUUGGCCUGCAAGAUGCUUGACGACUGGUUUUGCAGGGCCAGUAUGCCCUGCCCUCCAGGGAUCUUCCCAACCCUAUGUGGAUACUUCACUGGUCUGUGGGCUGGACCCAGGCCCUGCAUUCGCACCCCUGCUCCCUGGGAAGGAUCCGUGCUGCAAGCCGGGGGGCUAUACUACGAUUGUCAGAUCUAUAUCCUUUAGAGCCACGGGGUGGGGCGAUGGGACUCUACUUUAGGGACUUGCUUUGGAGCGAUGGUUUAAAGACAAUUCUUGCCAAAGCUGGGAACUGGCGGUCCUAAAGUUGGCUGUGUUUCCAUGGUGUCGGCGGCGGAGCCGAGGGGGCGGGUUCACGCAAGCGCCGAGGAAGAGGGUAGGUGGAGUCUGAGUGUGGGUGCGCAGGCGCCCUGAGAGACAGUGAAGCCGGCGGCCGGUGGCCGGGCGGGACCAACAAAGAUGGCGGCGGCCCCUGCGGUGGGAGAGAUCUGGGCACUAGCUGCGGCUAAAGCUGCAGCCGGGCCCGCAGGGGCGCUGCACGAGGGUAGUAGGGGGUGGCCCUGAGCUGGGGCCUGGCCCCGGCUGGCCUCCCCCGCCGCCUCACCCGGGGACAGGUCCAGCCUGUGGUGUCCACAAUGCCCCAGGCUUCUGAGCACCGCCUGGGACGGACCCGAGAGCCACCUCUUAAUGUCCAGCACCGAGUGGGAUCCAAGCUACCAUUUGCUCCCAGGGCCCGGAGCAAGGAGCGCCGAAACCCAGCCCCUGGGCCGAACCCUAUGUUACGACCUCUGCCUCCUAGGCCAGCUCCCCCUGAGGAACGGCUCAAGAAACUGGAGCUGGGACGGGGACGGACCUCAGGCCCUCGUCCCAGAGGCCCGCUUCGGGCAGAUCAUGGAGUUCCCCUGCCUGGCUCACCACCCCCAACUGUGGCUCUGCCUCUCCCAUCAAGGACCAACCUAGCCCGUUCCAAGUCUGUGAGCAGUGGGGACUUGCGUCCAAUGGGGAUUGCCUUGGGAGGGCACCGCGGCACUGGAGAGCUAGGGGCUGCACUGAGCCGCUUGGCUCUCCGGCCUGAGCCACCCACUUUGAGACGUAGCACCUCUCUCCGCCGCCUUGGGGGCUUUCCUGGGCCACCCACCUUGCUCAGCAUACGGACAGAGCCCCCUACUUCCCAUGGCUCCUUCCACGUGAUAUCUGCCCGGCCCUCUGAACCUUUCUACUCCAAUGACAAGAUGGCUCAUCACACACUGCUUCUGGGCUCUGGUCAUGUUGGCCUCCGAAACCUGGGGAACACGUGCUUCCUGAAUGCUGUGCUACAGUGUUUGAGCAGCACUCGGCCUCUUCGGGACUUCUGUCUGCGAAGGGACUUCCGGCAAGAGGUGCCCGGAGGGGGCCGAGCCCAAGAGCUCACUGAAGCCUUUGCAGAUGUGAUUGGUGCCCUGUGGCACCCUGACUCCUGCGAAGCUGUGAAUCCUACUCGAUUCCGAGCUGUCUUCCAGAAAUACGUUCCUUCCUUCUCUGGAUACAGCCAGCAGGAUGCCCAAGAGUUUCUGAAGCUCCUCAUGGAGCGGCUACACCUCGAAAUCAACCGACGAGGCCGCCGGGCUCCGCCAGUCCUGGCCAAUAGUCCAGCUCCCUCCCAACCCCGCCGUGGAGGGGCUCUGCUAGAAGAACCUGAGUUAAGCGAUGACGACCGAGCCAACCUAAUGUGGAAGCGUUACCUGGAGCGAGAGGACAGCAAGAUUGUGGACCUGUUUGUGGGCCAGUUGAAAAGUUGUCUCAAGUGCCAGGCCUGUGGGUAUCGCUCCACGACCUUCGAGGUUUUUUGUGACCUGUCCCUGCCCAUCCCCAAGAAAGGAUUUGCCGGGGGCAAGGUGUCUCUGCGGGAUUGUUUCAGCCUUUUCACCAAGGAAGAAGAGCUAGAAUCGGAGAAUGCCCCAGUGUGUGACCAAUGUCGGCAGAAAACACGAAGUACCAAAAAGUUGACAGUACAAAGAUUCCCCCGAAUCCUCGUGCUCCAUCUUAAUCGAUUUUCCGCCUCCCGAGGCUCCAUCAAGAAAAGUUCAGUAGGUGUAGACUUCCCGCUGCAGCGACUGAGCCUAGGGGACUUUGCCAGUGACAAAGCCGGAAGCCCCGUAUAUCAGCUGUAUGCCCUUUGCAACCACUCGGGCAGUGUCCACUAUGGCCACUACACAGCCCUGUGCCGGUGCCAGACUGGUUGGCAUGUCUACAAUGACUCUCGUGUCUCCCCUGUCAGUGAAAACCAGGUGGCAUCCAGUGAGGGCUACGUGCUGUUCUACCAACUGAUGCAGGAGCCACCCCGGUGCCUGUGACAUCCCCUUUAAGCCCUGGCACCUGUGAAACCCUUUCAACACCCUCAAGCCCCCAGGCUCCUCAUUUACCUCAGAGACGUCUAUUUUUGUGUCUUUUUAAUCGGGGAGGGGGGAGGGGGUGGUUUUACCUCCCAUUAUUUUUUUUAUUAAAAAAUAUCCUCCACCUGGAGGCUCCCGUCUCCCAGGCCCCAUGUACAGAGCUCCCCAGGCCCCUGCCCGUGUACAGCCCCCAGACCCUCUACAGUCUCACUUUUUUUUGUAAAUAAAUUUAUUAAGAAAAAA